UAAUUUCUUAUCUUAAUCCAUUUUCAUUUAUGAAUUGGUGAUAUCUAGUUCUCUCUUCCUUCUUAAAUCUAUAAUUUUGUGGGGUCGGAUGAGGAGUUGCGCAGUGGCUCGGCAGCCAAUCGCAGAGGUUCGGCAAGCUCCCCAAUUCCCAGCCAUGAGGCUUUCCCUAAAACCUCCGGCCGCCGCCACUCUCCGUCGUUUCUCGCCAACAGCAGAUCCAUCAUGCCCCAUCUCGGAGACGCUCUCACUUCUCCAAACCUCCGAUCCCAUUUCCUGGCCAGCCAAUUUUAAGCUCGGCGAUCUCCUCUCCGCCGUCUCUCCGCAGUCCCUCCUCAAAAUCACCCGCCAGCUCCCGACUUCUCAAAAUGCCCUCCAAUUUUUCGAGUACCUUAAAUCAAGCCCCCACCUAUCCGAUUCUGUCCCCUUUGCGUUCCAAGGGGUGCUUGAGCUUUUCAUGCGCGAAAAUCCUAAUUCCCCCGGUAAGCUAUACGAGCUCUUCGCAAUGGCCAAGGAGCAAAAUACCCCUCUCUCCGUCAACGCGGGAACCCUGCUGAUUAUAUGCUUUAGCAACGCCAAUAUGCUGGAGGAGAUGGUCAUGGUGCUCGACGCCAUCGAGACGCGGGUGAGGAAUACGCACGUGGUUAAUUUAGUUGUUUUUGGAUUGUUCAAUUUGGGCCGUUUCCCUGCUGCCCUGAAGCUGGUCGACAAAAUGCUUCAACCAGGUGCCACUAAUCCUCCCAAUGACAGGACAUUGAGAAUUGUCUUUUCAUCCAUUUUGGGAAGAAAGUACAGAGGUGGGGAUUUGAGGGAUGAGGAAAUUUAUCAUCUUUUUUUGCGUUUUAGUGAGAAUGGUCUUUGCUUGGGUGGAUAUUGGUUGACGCACAUGAUUUCUAGGUUUUGUAGGAAUGGAGACUGCAACAAGGCAUGGAAUGCUUUGCAAAAGGCCAUGUAUUCAGGGUCUCAUGUGGAGGUGAUCCCUUGCAAUUUCCUGCUGUCAAAGUUAGGGCAGCAACGUGAUUAUGUUAGAAUGAACUUGUUGAUGAAUGAGAUGAAGGAAAAGGGGAUCACACCCACUGUUGUGACCUAUGGGAUCAUGAUCAGGAACUUGUGCAAGAUUCGAAGGUUGGAUGAGGCAUUGGAGGUGCUCGAGAAGAUGAGAGAUGGAGAAGUUGGCAUUAAACCAGAUGUUGUCAUUUACAACACGUUGAUUGAUGGAUUAUGUAAAGUUGGGAGGGAAGAAGAUGGGUUAAGGUUGAUGGAGAGAAUGAGGUCGUCUGAGACCAAGUGUGAGCCAAACACUGUCACUUACAAUUGCUUGAUCGAUGGAUUUUGUAAAGUAGGUGACAUUGAUACGGCGCGUGAGCUUUUUGAGCAAAUGAGCAAUCUUGAUGAGGGUGUGAAUAUCGUUUCACUUAAUGCAAUGCUGGGAGGGAUGUGUAGGGUGGGUAGAGUUAGCAGUGCGAUGGAACUCUUUAGCAGAAUGCGUGAGAAGGGUUUGGAAGGGAAUACGGUUACAUAUACUGCAUUGAUAACUGCUUUCUGUGGUGCAAACAAUAUUGAGAAAGCAAUGGAUUUGUUUAACGGAAUGAAAGAAAAUGGAUGCAACCCGGAUGCUAUCAUCUACUACACCUUGAUCUCGGGCUUUACACGGGCAGGAAGAAUGAAUGAUGCUAUGGAAAUCAAGUCGAAGAUGGAGGAAGCUGGUUUUUCAUUGGACAGGAUUGGCUACAAUAUCAUGAUUGGUGGAUUUUGUAGGAAGAAUAAGAUUGGGAAUGCAUCUGAGCUGCUGACAGAAAUGCAGAUUGCGGGAUUAAAUCCUGAUCGGGUCACAUAUAAUACUCUGAUUUCGUAUUUCUGUGACAAGGGGGAUUUCAAGCAUGCACAGAAAGUAAUGAAGAAGAUGGUGGAUGAUGGAUUAUCACCUACUGUUGUUACUUACGGUGCUUUGAUUCAAGGGUACUGCUUGAAGGGGAGUCUCAGUGCAGCGAUGAGGUUAUUCGCAGACAUGAAAUCCACAUCAAAGGUGCUUCCGAACACUGUUAUUUACAACAUCUUGAUUGACUCACAUUGCAAGGAGGAUUAUGUGGAAGGGGCUCUUUCAUUAAUGGAUGAGAUGAGGGAUCGUGGGGUGAAGAUGAAUAACACCACAUACAAUGCUCUGUUUAAAGGCCUGCAGCAGAGGAAUUGGUCAAAGAAGGCGCUGCAGCUUAUGAAGCAGAUGAGUAAACAGGAAUGUGUGCCGGAUUAUGUGACGAUGGAGAUUCUCACUGAGUGGCUUUCUGCAGCUGGUGAGACGGAGAAGUUGAAAGAGUUCGUUCGGUCAUACCGGGAUUGUGCUGAACUCCGCCAUUCUGCUUGCUAAGACCAGAGUCUAUAAGUUUAGGUGGGGUGCAGCUUUCUGAGCAAAAAUCUGAACUUGUUAAAGUUGAUUAAUGUAAUAUAGCUUAAGCAUAACUCCAUGUGCAUGAGUUUAUUGAGAGAAGCUAAUGCCAAUAAGUCAGCUCCUAUAAGUACUAAGCUUGCGCAGCCAUCUUGUGGCACUUAGAGUUGAGAUGGUAUACACUUCUGCAUGUAGCUUGUAUUUCUACGACCUAUAUAUUUUGCAGUUGUACUUCCAUUCAUUUAAUACUGUGUGGCUGUCUAGUAUUUUCUCAGAUGGAGUUUUUCAAUCCCCUUUGUAUCCUACUUGCAAUACAUGAGUGACUUGUAUUCAUACAUAAGAUCCUUGUCGCCUUCCUUCUGAAAAUCAUCGUAUUUGGUGUACUUAUUAAUAAUAUGAUUAGAUCUUACUAAUCAACAUUGUCCAUGGACUAUGUAAUUGUCUAAUUGAUGUGUCCAUGUUUUUUUCUAGAAAAAUUAUUCAACUUAGUUGAUCUGAAAGGGAAUUUUCCUCUCCCCGCUGGUCAAUGCAAAUUACAAAAUUUGUAUGAGUUUCACAGUAAAUUCAUUUUUUUAGAUACUUAUAUAGAUCCAUUGUGUUUGAUAUUCCAUUUUGUAUUGAGUGUUCCUAUUAUUGUCUUAAGCUUAAAUACG